GGGAGACGGGGAAGCGGCUUCUAAUUAAAGCCCCGCUCCGAGCCCUCGGGGACCCGCCUGACGUCGGCGGGCGCGGGGAUAAGAAGCGCCCCGAGGUCCGAGGCGGGAGUCGGAGACGGCGCACCCCAGGGCGGCCGCGGGUCCAGCGCUCGGAGCGGCGGAGUCCCCGCGUCCCCGCGUCCCGUGCGCUCCGCCCGCCGGGCAUGGAGUAGUGGCGAAGCUCGGGGCGCGGGGACAGACGUGCGCACAGACGGCGGCGACUCCGGCGGCUCCAGCAAGCCCAGCUCCCGGCGCGUGUCGGAGUCUCCCAGCCCCGCGGCCCCGAGCGCACGAUGCGCGGACCCGGGCGCCCCCUCCUCCUGGGGCUGCUGCUGGUGCUGGGGGCGGCGGGGCGCGGCCGGGGGGGCGCGGAGCCCCGGGAGCCGGCGGACGGGCAGGCGCUGCUGCGGCUGGUGGUGGAGCUCGUGCAGGAGCUGCGGAAGCACCACUCGGCGGAGCACAAGGGCCUGCAGCUCCUCGGGCGGGACUGCGCCCUGGGCCGCGCGGAGGCGGCGGGGCUGGGGCCUUCGCCGGAGCAGCGAGUGGAAAUUGUUCCUCGAGAUCUGAGGAUGAAGGACAAGUUUCUAAAACACCUUACGGGCCCUCUUUAUUUUAGUCCAAAGUGCAGCAAACACUUCCAUAGACUUUAUCACAACACCAGAGACUGCACCAUUCCUGCAUACUAUAAAAGAUGUGCCAGGCUUCUUACCCGGCUGGCUGUCAGUCCAGUGUGCAUGGAGGAUAAGCAGUGAGCAGACUGUACAGGAGCAGCACACCAGGAGCCAUGAGAAGUGCCUUGGAAACCAACAGGGAAACAGAACUAUCUUUAUACACAUCCCCUCAUGGACAAGAGAUUUAUUUUUGCAGACAGACUCUUCCAUAAGUCCUUUGAGUUUUGUAUGUUGUUGACACUGUUUGCAGAUACAUAUUCGAUAAAUCAGUGUAUUGAGUGAUAUCUGUCACUCUUAUUUUAAAAACAACCACAAAAGGAAUGCUCCACGUUUGAUGUGUAGUGCUAUAAAACACAGAGAAUAUUUCAUUUUCUUGAUUAGGUGAAAUCACAAAAAAUGUUUCUUUAGAAACGUAAGCAGAAUCUUAAAGUAUAUUUUCAUAUAACAUAAUUUAAUAUUCCGUAUUACUUUCACUGUUAAAUUCUCAGAGUAUUAUUCGUAAUGGCAUGAAAAAUUAAAAUUUUGGUCAUGUUUUAGGAACAGUGUGGAGUGUAAAUCUGUGGCUAAUUCUGUCGGUCCUUUGUAUAAUAAAUGUAAAAUAGUAUUCCAGCUAUUGUGCAAUAUGUAAAUACUGUAAAUAAACACAAGUAAUAAAUGAA